AAGAAAAGAGGCUACACGGAGUCGGCGCAUGCUCACUGAGGCCAACUCUUAUGAAACCCGGCAAGCCGCAAGUAGUUUUGUACACUAGUGGGACAUUCUGUUCAAAGGCGUCACGCAUGCAGCUGGCGGCUCGCACGUUCACACACAGGAAGGAAGAAUGAUCGUUUCUUUAGGCUUGACAUAAAUAUCAACUCCAUGGUGCCAGAGCGAGACUAACAUGGCCCCCAAUUCCAUCCAUUGGUUCCGGAAGGGUCUUCGUCUGCAUGACAACCCAGCGCUCAGGGAAGCCGUCCAGGGCGCAGCCACAGUACGCUGCGUUUACUUCUUGGACCCUUGGUUUGCAGGCUCCUCCAAUGUCGGGGUCAACAGGUGGAGGUUUCUUCUCCAGUGUCUGGAGGAUCUGGAUGCCAACCUUCGGAAGCUUAACUCCCGCCUUUUCGUCAUAAGGGGCCAACCAGCCAAUGUAUUCCCACGGCUCUUUAAGGAGUGGAAGAUCUCUCGGUUGACCUUUGAGUAUGACUCUGAGCCUUUUGGGAAGGAGAGAGAUGCCGCCAUCAAGAAACUGGCCAUGGAGGCAGGAGUAGAGGUCAUCGUCAAGAUCUCACACACUCUCUAUGACCUGGAUAAGAUUAUAGAACUGAACGGUGGCCAACCCCCUCUUACCUACAAGCGCUUCCAGACACUGAUCAGUCGCCUGGAUCCUCCUGAGAUGCCCGUGGAGAUACUCUCAGAGAGCCUGAUGGCCAACUGCAUAACCCCUGUCUUGGAGGACCACGGAGACAAGUAUGGGGUCCCGUCCCUGGAGGAGCUUGGCUUUGACAUUGAUGGCCUGCCGACUGCCGUGUGGCCAGGAGGAGAGACGGAGGCUCUGACCAGAAUAGAGCGCCAUUUAGAAAGAAAAGCAUGGGUGGCAAACUUUGAGCGUCCGAGGAUGAACGCCAACUCGCUGCUGGCCAGUCCAACAGGCCUCAGCCCGUACCUGCGCUUCGGCUGCCUUUCCUGCCGUCUUUUCUACUUCAAGCUCACUGACCUUUACCGCAAGGUGAAAAAGAACAGCUCUCCCCCUCUUUCGCUCUACGGACAAUUACUAUGGCGGGAGUUCUUCUACACAGCAGCCACCAACAACCCGCGAUUCGACAAGAUGGAGGGCAAUCCCAUCUGUGUCCGUAUCCCGUGGGACAAAAACCCCGAGGCGCUCGCCAAGUGGGCUGAGGCCAAGACAGGCUUCCCUUGGAUAGACGCCAUCAUGACUCAGCUGAGGCAGGAGGGCUGGAUCCAUCAUCUGGCCCGUCAUGCUGUGGCAUGCUUCCUCACCAGAGGGGACCUUUGGAUCAGCUGGGAAGAAGGGAUGAAGGUCUUCGAGGAGCUGCUCCUUGACGCCGACUGGAGUGUGAAUGCGGGAAGUUGGAUGUGGUUGUCUUGCAGUUCAUUUUUCCAGCAAUUUUUUCACUGCUACUGCCCAGUGGGCUUUGGCCGACGUACCGACCCCAACGGGGACUUUAUCAGACGUUACUUACCUGUCCUCCGAGCUUUUCCUGCUAAGUUCAUCUACGACCCAUGGAAUGCGCCUGAGUCUGUGCAAGCGGCCGCCAAAUGCAUCAUUGGCAUCCACUACCCGAAACCUAUGGUGCACCACGCUGAGACGAGCCGACUCAACAUUGAGAGGAUGAAGCAGAUCUACCAGCAGCUCAGCCGAUACAGAGGACUGGGCCUGCUGGCAUCUGUUCCGUCCACCAACGGCAACGGAAAUGGAGGAAUGAUGGCCUAUUCACCUGGGGAACAACACCCGGGGACAGCAACAACUGCCAGCAACAACAACAACAACACCCCCCAUAUGCCCGGCGUGUCAAGCAGCUCUGUAACGGGCAACAGUAGCGGCAGCAUUCUUCUCAACUUUGACAGCGAGGAACAGUCGGGGCAGCAACUCCAGCCAAUGGUGCCACAGCACGGUUACCAUCCAGUGCCAGAAAACAACCUGAUGGUCACCAGUACCCGACUGUACCACGAGUUUGCCGUGCCUCAACAUCCAGGAAUUUCACACAUCAGAGGCGGCAUCACAGGAAAACGCGAACGGGAGUCGGAACGUGAGGGUUCGGGGGAGGAAGACCUGUCGUCCUGCUCAGGCCACAAAAUGCCGAGGCAGACCACCUGAAGGACACCGCAUGAGAAGACAUCAACACUGGUCCGGUCCAACAUUCUCAGUCGGAAACUCUGAGGGGGGAACACAGAGAUGAAAAUGUGACGCAAAGCUCAGCUUUUACCAGGGAGUCUGGCGACCUCAUGUAGCAUGGCAACCCUGUCAAAAGGCCUCAACAAUAAGCAUUCAAAUCCUAAACCCCAAAAAACAAAUUGCCUUGAAGUUACAACAUUUGUAAUAAAACCCAAUCAUCUUUAUUUGAUGGCUCACAAAGACAUAAUUGAUACUUGCGUCUGGAUGAAUAAGAACAAUUGACCAUGAAUUUAACGUUGUGCUGUUACUGUGACAAGUGAUGAAAAGUUUGCGCGUUCACAAAGACAAUUAUAUUUGCAAUCCUCUCAGUUGAAUUAUAUCGGUUUAUUAGGUUACACAGUCUUUUGGCAGCUAAAACCAUCAGGUAAUGAAGGACAGCACACCUUUUCCAUUGGUGACCUUCAAAAACCUGUCCUCAAUGUGUUUGUGUAGUUGAGCAAGUCUGAUCAGGUGACAGAAAUAAACACAAACAGUACUGCAAAGCUUGUCUUUUUGGAAGCCUUGGAAAAAAAAAAGGCAUCAAUAACUGACUUUUGCCAACUCCGUGAGCAUUUUUGCCCCUUCACAUUUUCACCUCCAUUGUUCCUCUGACGCUGUCGCCAAAUUGUUCUGAAGACCAGUGACACUUGAGCCUGUGCGGCACGGUUCAACAACAUCAAAUGAGCAAGAUGUUUUCAAGGAGGACGGAAAUGUCCCCGUUUUUUUCUACUUUUUCAUAUAAAAUAACCCAAAAAGAGAGAAACAUCAAAAAGACAAUUUGUGUUUGAAGCAAACAUUCCUCGCAACCAAAUCCAACCUCCGGAUGAAGGACGGCAACAGCACAAGGACACAAAUGGCUUCCCCAGGGUGUUACAAAGUCACUGUUGGAAUGUUGCCUGAUUACAGCGAAGAACCAUCGCAAACGUGGCUCCACAUCGGCGGGUACCUGGCCAGUCUGGGAAGAAGCGGGGAAAGUCCGCUGCCGUGCUUUGGAAUCGAACCCAAGAAUGUCCGUCUCUUUGCGAAGGAGCCAAGCUGCUGGAUCGCGGGGGCGGAUACAUUGGAUUCAUUUGUCAGCGACUACAAUGAAACUUUGUGGCAGAACACGAGUCAGGAUUUAAUUAGGAACGCAGAUCAGAUUUAACGUCGUUAAUAAUACUCCAGAUGCCAAUACGGGCCAAAAGUGUUUCCGCUUUCUUCAAAUCAAAUGAUGUGCUGGCUUUUCUUUUUCUUGUCUGUCUUAUUGGAACUUUUGUGCUGCAUAUAAAUAUAUCAUUAACUUUUGGAGGAUGCCCUGUGGUAUACAUUUUGGGCAUCUAUGACCAUGCAUUUGUUUAUGGCAGUUUAUUUGUGGUCUAAAUAUUCAAACCCCCCCUCCCCAUUUCCCCUAUUUGCUGGUUUGAAUUUUACCUCAAAAGUGCAGAUUGGGGUCAGCAGAUUGUGUGCCGACUCCCAGAUUUUUUUUUUUUUUGGACACACUUCUUUUGGGGGGGAUUAUUGUGUAUCUGUAUCAUAAUUGUUCUCUCAUGAAUUCAAACAGUUUUUGUAGCCUUGAUCACGUCAAUUUUUUUUUUUUUUUUCUGUGUGUGUCCUGCUGCCCCGUAUCUCACAACGAUGUAGGAAUGACAUACUCGCCCACUUCCUUUGGCCUCAGUUUUUCGCCUGUAAUGAAAUGGGAAGUGACAUGAAGUGACGUUCCUCCACCGAUACCAUUGGGUUUGUCUCUUAAAAAACUGGAGUUCUGUGUCAUGCCUUGUGAUGUGUAAGGCCUCGUUUGUCAUUGAUCGCCACCGUGACUACAAAAAUAAAAAUGGUUUCAACUCGA